AUGCCAGACGCUUGGGACAAGUUUGGAAAAACGGUGGAAGUUAGCGGCGAGGGUAUGGUUCUUACCAAGACAAGUGGUGGCAACUACUCCCGGCAUGCUGCAGCCAAAGAGUUGCUCUCCUCCGGCGUGCACAGCUGGGAGGUGGAACUCACAUCAGGUGCAACCCAAAAUAACAAUCGCGACAUGUUUAUCGGAGUCGCGGCACCGGGAUGUGAUGUUGAGAAGGGCGAUCAUCAUGACAAGGGCAAGGCAUGGUAUCUCCGCACGCAUGACGGAAACGUCUAUGGUGGUGACAUCGACUGCGAGGAUGCGGCGAAGAAGGGCAAGUUCUUCCUUGUAGGAGAUCGGGUCGGGUUGCGACUCGACUGCAAUGAUGGCUCGCUGCGCUUCUACAAGAAUGGUGAGCCGUUCGGAGAGCAGUUUCCACCCGGCACGAUCUCCAUGCCCGUGGUCCGCGCCGUCGAGCUGAAGUGCAAUGGCCAGUCGGUGACGCUUUUUCCGGAAGUGCAGCUGGCAUAA